AUGAGAGCAACAUCUCCUAGCUUUUUCCAACAGACUCCCCUCACACAACUAACUAGGCCAUGGAAGAAAUAUCGUGAUGGUACCCUCUUCUACGGUCAAUCAAAGGUGGGUAACAAGCGUCUCCCCCUAACUACUAAAGAUGGUAACAAGUCAAUGUAUAAGGGUACUCGUUCAUCUGGUAUUGGUAGACACACGAAGUUUGGUGACUAUAAGAUCAACUGGAACAGGGUGCGUACUUAUGUUGUUCCAAAGAAUUUCAACACUGAUUUGAAACCACUAUUAUCUCACAACUUACCAGAACUAAAACACCAAUUCACUGGAUAUCAGAAAGGUUACACGGAUCCAAAACUUUAUUUUGAGAAGCUAGAGAAAUAUGUCAAAGAGGGGAAAACUCAAAGUGAAGCAACCAAUGUUGAUUGUUAUGUAGAAAGAGGAUAA